AUGCAUCCUUUACUCUUCCUGGCUGGCCUUUGCUUGGGGGUAGCCUCAGCUGCUCCACAGCUCUAUCAGAGCUUAGAUGCACGAUGGUCCCAGUGGAAGGCAACACAUGGGAAACUAUAUGGCAUGAAUGAUGAAGUAUGGAGGAGAGCAGUGUGGGAGAGGAAUAUGAAAAUGAUUGAACAGCACAAUCAGGAACACAGUCAAGGGAAACACACCUUCACAAUGGCAAUGAAUGCCUUUGGUGACAUGACCAAUGAAGAAUUCAGGCAGGUGAUGAAUGGCCUUAAAAUCCAGAAGCGCAAGAAGUGGAAAGUGUUCCAAGCACCUUUCUUUGUUGAGAUCCCCUCAUCUGUGGACUGGAGAGAGAAAGGCUAUGUAACUCCUGUGAAGGAUCAGGGUUAUUGUCUUUGUUGUUGGGCUUUUAGUGCAACUGGUGCCCUUGAAGGACAGAUGUUCCGGAAAACUGGCAAACUUGUUUCAUUGAGUGAGCAGAACCUGGUGGACUGCUCUCAGGCUGAAGGCAAUGAGGGUUGCAAUGGUGGCCUAAUGAAUAAUGCCUUCCAGUAUGUUAAGGACAAUGGUGGCCUGGACUCAGAGGAAUCCUAUCCAUAUCAUGCACAGGGAGACUCCUGCAAAUACAGGCCUGAGAACUCUGUUGCCAAUGUCACUGACUACUGGGACAUCCCUAGUAAGGAGAAUGAACUUAUGAUCACAUUGGCAGCUGUGGGGCCCAUCUCUGCUGCUAUAGAUGCAAGCCUGGAUACCUUCCGCUUCUAUAAAGAAGGCAUUUAUUAUGAUCCAAGCUGUAGCAGUGAAGACGUGGAUCACGGUGUUCUGGUGGUUGGCUAUGGUGCUGAUGGAACAGAGACAGAGAACAAAAAAUACUGGAUGAUCAAAAAUAGCUGGGGUACAGACUGGGGCAUGGAUGGCUACAUAAAGAUGGCCAAAGACCGGGACAACCAUUGUGGAAUCGCCUCUUUGGCCAGCUUUCCUACUGUGUGA